AUGCAAUUCAAGUUUGAUGAACAUCCUGCGGCUGCAGAUUUUGAAAAGAAAUGCGAAAAUGAAUUUUCCCAAAACUUGGUAACUGUAACACAAAACAUCCAAUUAAAUUUGGAGAUGAGAAAAUAUUAG